AUUUGAUGCUCUACACAGUUUUGCUUCCAUAGUCUUCAGCCCAUCUUCAAUGAUAUCCUUGCUGUAGAGAUACCAUAAAUUACUUAAACACUUUCUAUUCUAUUCUAGUUGUUCCUGAUUCUACAUUAUUUCAUCUAUACUGUAAUUAUCUCUAAAUAUAAACAUCUCGUACAUCCAUACGUCACACAACUGCAUAUGUGUGCAUAUAGAUAUCACGUGUGAAUAGCCUUGCAUAUAAACAUUUGCCUAUUUACUUUUUCUUAGGACAUGUGAUUGAAUUAGAAUAAAACUCUGUUAACCUCUUGAAACAUGUACUGCAAAAAGAAGGGUGCGCUCAUUUUUACUCUCAUCCACGAUAAGGUAGUUCACCAAUCUUUGUCAAGAUUUUGGUCACCCUAAAAAGAAAGAACUGAGAAACCCGGUUUUUUUGGUAGUUGACACCUUGGGACAUUUCUUCGCCAUAAAACCUAAGGUCAUGUUUUAGAGUAUUUGAGCUCAGAAAUAAGACCCUUCUGAAACUCUCCCUCGUGAGAGGUGGGCGGGAGGGAACAGACUUUCCUGAUCCCAGGUGCCUUCCACGCCGAGGUUCUCGUAUUUCACCACCGUCACUGGCACCAGAUUGCUCAACCCUCCAGCCAAUGAGACACAGAAGUAAAGUAUUUCAGCGCUCACUGUUUUGUAACAUUUAGGCUUUGAUUAGGAGGAAAUACCUGCGAGGCAGGAGUACCCCCGACCGCGGGCCAGACGCGCCAGCUCCCUGCGCGAAUCGGCCCCGACCGCACACGGGCGCGCGACCCGGGAGCGCGCGCGCACACACUGCACUGGCCGCUCGGGUUUGGGGACCGGACCCGGGAGGGAGCGGAGGAGCCGGGCCGGCGGAGCUGAAGGGUCUGCGCUCGCCGGGCCCCGCCGCACUCCGCGGGGCGGUGCCAAGGGCGGGGGCGCCCGGUGCCUCGGCCGCGCGGCCCGGGGAUUCCGGCCAAGUUAGUGCGCGGUCCCCGCUGACUCUCUGGUUACCUGAGCCCGCAACCACGUCAGCGCCACAUCAUCUGGGCUUUUUCUAUUGCAGGGAACCAGGAAAAGAAGGACGAGAACUCCCGCUGGAGUGAGCCAAUCGGGCGGGCCGGGGCGGGAUCGGCGCGGGGGGCGGCGGGGGCGGCGGGCCGCGCUCCGGCCGGUCUACGGCUCGGCCUCGGCGGCCUCGGCGGCGUGGACGGCGAAGAUGCUGCAGUCCCUGGCCGGCAGCUCGUGCGUGCGCCUGGUGGAGCGGCACCGCUCGGCCUGGUGCUUCGGCUUCCUGGUGCUCGGCUACCUGCUCUACCUGGUCUUCGGCGCCGUGGUCUUCUCCUCCGUGGAGCUGCCCUACGAGGACCUGCUGCGCCAGGAGCUGCGCAAGCUGAAGCGACGCUUCCUGGAAGAGCACGAGUGUCUGUCGGAGCAGCAGCUGGAGCAGUUCCUGGGCCGCGUGCUGGAGGCCAGCAACUACGGCGUGUCGGUGCUCAGCAACGCCUCGGGCAACUGGAACUGGGACUUCACCUCCGCGCUCUUCUUCGCCAGCACCGUGCUGUCCACCACAGGCUAUGGCCACACGGUGCCCUUGUCGGACGGGGGGAAGGCCUUCUGCAUCAUCUACUCGGUCAUCGGCAUUCCCUUCACCCUCCUGUUCCUGACGGCCGUGGUCCAGCGUGUCACUGUGCACGUCACCCGCAGGCCUGUCCUGUACUUCCACGUCCGCUGGGGCUUCUCCAAGCAGGUGGUGGCCAUCGUCCACGCUGUGACGCUCGGGUUCCUCACGGUGUCCUGUUUCUUCUUCAUCCCGGCUGCUGUCUUUUCCGUCCUGGAGGAGGACUGGAACUUCCUCGAAUCCUUUUAUUUUUGUUUUAUCUCCUUGAGCACCAUUGGUCUUGGAGAUUAUGUUCCUGGGGAAGGCUACAAUCAGAAAUUCAGAGAGCUCUACAAGAUUGGGAUCACAUGUUACCUGCUUCUUGGCCUGAUUGCCAUGCUGGUAGUUCUGGAAACCUUCUGUGAACUACAUGAACUGAAAAAGUUCCGAAAGAUGUUUUAUGUGAAGAAGGACAAGGAUGAAGACCAAGUGCACAUCAUCGAGCACGACCAGCUGUCCUUCUCCUCCAUCACAGACCAGGCCGCCGGCAUGAAAGACGACCAGAAGCAAAACGAGCCCUUCGUGGCCACUCAGCUGUCGCCCUACCCAGACGGCUCUGCACACCAUUAACCCAGCUCUACUUCGGCAGGAGCAGCCCGCCGUGGCCACUCAGCUGUCGCCCUACCCGGACGGCUCUGCACACCAUUAACCCAGCUCUGCUGCGGCAGGAGCAGCCCUUCGUGGCCACUCAGCUGUCGCCCUACCCCAAUGGCUCUGCACAUCAUUAACACAGCUCUGCUGCAGCAGGUGUGACAGAGGUUUCAUUGGGCUCAUUUUUAUCAGAAUCUAAAAGCUAAGAUGAUGCCAUUUUAAGAAAUACCUACUCUUUUGCAAUAUUUUAAUAAACAAAACAAAAAACAAGCAAAAAAAUAGAACAAAGAAAGCCUUGACCUUAGAGGGAUGUCCAAUAAGUAAAGAAAUGGGAUGUGUACAACUUUCAUGUGUACAAAAUUGUCUAGACUUUGCACAGGAAGCAGAGUGCGCUGUGGGGAAGCAGGUUUUAUACUUUUAAUUGGGAACUUUGGGGUUUGUGUUUAAAUCAUUUAGCUGAGGAUUAAAUAGCAACAUUUAUAUUUAAAAGCAAAAAAAAAAAGCAUAGAUACGUGUUUUAUAAAUAGGUUUAUGUGUACUGGUUUGCAUGUUCCCAUCCAAAAUGAUUAUUUUUGUAGAAUCUAUGUUAAACUUACUAUUUAUAAUGCAUAGGUAACCAUAACUAUGUACAAAUAAAUAUGUUUAUAUCCUGUACAUAUGGUUUAGGUCACCAGAUCCCAGUGUACUUGUUAAAUCAAGAUUGUAGAUAUGUUUUUCCCUUGAUUUCUCUUUAUACUAAAGAAUUCCGAGUUGCUAUAAUAAAAUAAGGUGAAUAAUAAACAUAAGGUGAAUAAGUAUAAUAUUCUGCUACAAUAAAUGUUUCUAUCCUCUUGCAAUA